AUGGCGGCAAGGUCCUCUUCAAUCGUCCGUAGGGCGUUGCUCUAUGUACCCUCAUCAUCGGAAAAGAUGCUGACCAAGUCGUUGGGCCUCAAGUCCGACAACGUGACAUAUGAUCUUGAGGACUCCGUGACACCCUCAUUGAAAUCAGAGGCUCGAGGACAGCUCCGGUCUUUUCUCUCCAAGCAUAAGUCGAGGCCGUCGUCGAUAUCCGAAUUGGCCGUUCGAAUCAAUGCAGUGGAAACCAAGUUUGCUCUGGACGACUUGACGUCUUUAGGCUCACUCCCAAAUAUCGAUGCUGUCGUUGUUCCCAAGGUCAACUCCGCUGCCGAUCUGACUUACGUUACCGAUGUUUUGCGUCAUGUAGCCCCCGAACGACACACGGCGACAUCACAGAAUCCUAUCAAAAUCAUCGCCUUGAUCGAGUCUGCGCGUUCGGUUAUGAAUCUUCCGGAAAUCUGCAAGGCGUCGCCAUAUCUAAGCGGUCUCAUCUUUGCGGCCGAGGACUUUGCCCUGGACUUAUCGUUAAUAAGAACGCCAUCUCUCACCGAGUUUCUCUACGCACGCUCCGCCAUUGUAACUGCUGCCAAGGCCACCGGCUUACCUAGUGCGAUCGACCUUGUUUGCACCUCCUACAAGGGAGAUGAAGGCCUCAAACGAUUGGAAGAGGAGUCUACCGGAGGAAAGUCCAUGGGAUUCAACGGGAAGCAGUGUAUACACCCAACCCAGGUAGAACUUGUCCAGAAACUGUUUGCCCCUGGCGAAAAGGAGGUCGAGUGGGCAGUGCGUGUUGCAAUCGCAGACGAGAAAGCUAGCAAGGCGGGCCGCGGAGCCUGGACGUUGGACGGUAUGAUGAUCGACGCGCCAGUAACAGGAAAGGCGAAAUCGAUAAUUGCGAAAGCAGAAAGGUGUGAUAUUGACGUGGCCAGCCUUCGGGCGAAAUGGAAGGACCAGCAGCCUGAGUAG